AUGUGACGCGUGUCCGUUGGCCAGCUGUAUCCCAUCUCCAUUACAACCGCUUUCCCCUUUCCCCUUAAGCGGUGCCCCAUACACUACAAUCCCUCUCUCUCUCAUCACAAUUCACAUAUAUAUACCCUCCCCCCAAUCCCACUCCUUGACCCACGAUACAUCAACUAACCCAACCAUAACCCAACUCCAAUCUUACAUGACAAGAUGAUGAAAACGGAUAUCGAUCGGAUCAAGGGGCCGUGGAGCCCCGAGGAGGAUGAUCUGCUGCAGCAGCUCGUCCAGAGGCACGGCCCCAGGAACUGGUCCCUCAUCAGCAAGUCCAUCCCGGGCCGCUCCGGCAAGAGCUGCCGCCUGCGCUGGUGCAACCAGCUCUCCCCGCAGGUGGAGCACCGCGCCUUCACGCCCGAGGAGGACGACACCAUCAUCCGCGCCCACGCCCGCUUCGGCAACAAGUGGGCCACCAUCGCCCGCCUCCUCUCCGGCCGCACCGACAACGCCAUCAAGAACCACUGGAACUCCACCCUCAAGCGCAAGUGCUCCUCCCUCACCUCCGACGACGACGCCCCGCCGUUUAAGAGAUCCGCCAGCGCCGGUUCGGGCUCGGGCGCGCCCAUGUAUUUGAGCCCCGCCAGCCCGUCCGGCUCGGACUCCAGCCAUACCAGCUUCCCCGUCGCCAGAGCGGGCGCCGACCCGCCCACGAGCCUCAGCCUCUCCCUACCCGGAGUUGACUCGGCCGAGUCGACCGAGUCAGCUCAGCCCCAAAUUAACCCCAUCCAAAUCCAGUUGCUGCCUCCGCCGCCGGUUCAAACACAAGCGCCGCCGCCGAUUGACAGUAGGAUUGCGCCUUUCGGCGCGGAAUUGAUGGAGGUGAUGCAGGAGAUGAUAAGGGCGGAGGUGAGGAAUUACAUGGUAGGAAUUGAGCAACAGAAGCAGCAGCAGCAGCAGCAGCAAAAUCAGCGAAUUCAACAGCAGCAGAAGCAAAUUCAGCAGCCACAAUUGAAUAUCAAUCAUCUUCAUCGUCUUCAUCAGCAACAGCAGCAGUUUCAGCAGAUGAGCAUGUGCAAUGUGAAUGAGGGGUUCAGAAAUGCGGCGAUGAAUCACGUCGGAAUCAGCAGGGUUGAUUGAAUUUGAUUGAUUGAAUUGAUUAUGUGGUCUGGUUUUUACUGCGGAGAGGAAUCGGAGAGGGGAAGAGAGAAGGAAACGAUCUCCGUUUCUGGCGUUAGUGUGGGAUUUUAGUUUUUCCAAAAAAUGGCCAAAAAAGAAAAUAAUUUUGGUUAUUGUACAGUGGGAAAUGUCAACUGAGUAGACAGAGUGUGAUGACUUCACUUCUCUGAACUUAGAAACGAAGAAAAGAAACAACAUAAAAUGAGAACUUCGCAAAAAUGAAAAAAGAAAAUUAAGUAAAGAA